AUGAUCACCAGUGGAGAGGGAAGCUGGGAUCAGCCACUAGAGAUGCAGCUGGCCGGCAGGCUGGCCCUUUCGGUUGGCGCCCUACUUUUGCUGACUUUGGCAUACAAGUAUUAUCGGUCUCGAGUGUCUGCCAGCACCCUGGGAGGUGACAGCGUCAGAACAGAUGCUGGCAGGGAAACGGGGCAAAAAGAGCAGCAGGCCUGCGAUGGGACGGACCGAGAGACAACGGGCCAGGAACUGAGGCACAGGCGUAACUCUGGCAAAGGGGUAAAGGAGAACGGCGGACCAGCCAAUCCAAACAUGCACCUGGGCAGACCUGCUGCUGCAGUAAAGUCCAGGCUGCAGUAUACACCUGUUGGCAGAGAGUUAACGUUUCUGAAUGGGAAAGAAGAGAAGGAGGAGGAGGGAAAGCAGAGAAAGGAAAUGAGUCAUCGGGGGACCGGAUCACAACCAGACGAAAAGCAUUCACUUCCAGAGACGGAGGAGGAGGUGGCAAAGGAAGAAGAAACUGCAGGUACAGUUUCGAGCUGCGCGAGUGGGGCUGGGACAGCGGAGGGGGUUGCUGCGGCACAGCCAAGGGGGAGGCCCGCUUCUCGAGGUCUGCUGAGCGACGGUUGUGACAUCGGCAGUUCUAACAGUGACCACAAGGGGCCCAGCCUAAAAGCCGAUCUUUGCCCCGGUCCGUGUGACAAGCAAGCCGGGGGAGAUCCUCCUCCUCCUACAAAUGGGAACAGAUCCCCCUUAGAAAAAGAGAUGGGGCAGGUGUUGCGAGAAGACAUGAAUCAAAAUUUAGCCCAGAUGCAAGAGGUCCAGGUGGGGCGAGAGACAACCCAGUCAUUCCAUGCGACUUCUGACAUGGGCCUGGCUAUAAAUAAGUGCAACGGGCGAUCCAGCACCGCCUAUACCUUCACCUCUGUGGCAAAGGUCCAAGUAGAGGAGAACAUCAUUAAAGAGAGGCAGCCGAAAGGAGGUCGCUGUGGGCAACCAUCCCUACCAGGGACCAGCCUGAGAGGCAAAGUCUACGACUACUAUGUCCAAUCUGUCUCAAAGUCAGUGUUGAAUGAAAAGUCCUCCCUUAAAACUGCAGCCACCCGAACAUCCUACAACCCAUCUAGCAGUGACCUGCCCAAUGAGCCUGAGGCACCCCCGUGUCGGGAAGCAGCCCAGAAUUCGACAGCAGAAGACGAGGAGAACAGCACCACCCUCCAGGAGGGUCCAGCCCCGUCUUCUGGGGCUCUGUCCCCACAGGAUGAUGGACACGCCAUGCAACAGGUCGUCCAGGAAGAGGCUGAUAAAGACGCAAGCGGCUGCCAGAAGCCUUCCGGAACAGGCCACGGCUUCAGUCGGAAGGAGAGUUUCCAUCAGAUUGCAGAAAACCCAGAGCUUCAGGUGCAGAUGGAGGGAUUUGGUUCUCCUGCACCUGGGAAAUCAGGCAGCAGCACUCCCGAUAUCAGUCCCACCCACUCCCGUUCAGUUUCUUCCCUGGUCGGAUCUAUGCAGACCCUCCAGGCUGACAUGACUGUGGAGCCCAGCGUGAAGCUUGUGGCUGGCGCCAAGUUCUUCCACGUCCCACUGAACUCGGAGACCUCCGUAGACAUCCACUUGGAUCUGGGGAACUGUUACGAGGUUUUGUGCAUGGCCAAGAAGCAGAAACUGGAGAGGGUCCAGGAAGCAGCUUAUAAGGUCAUGAGUGAGAAUUACCUCCAAGUGCUCAGAACCCAUGCGAUUUAUGGGCGCCUCAAUGCCCUGGAGCGGGACCUGAUCCUGCAGAGAAGGAUGCGGGGCAAGAAGCAUGUGGCUGUUGCAGACGUCAGCUCACAAGAUCACAGCCAUGGCGCAAGCAGACUGUGCUACUAUGAUGACCAGAGUGACUCUUGGCACCCGCUAACACAUGUGCCUAUGGAAGCUGUCUCCAGGGGUUGCGCCGUGUGCAGCAUGUUCAAUUAUCUCUUUGUGGUGGUUGGCUGUGAAGGGCGAGGGAAGAACCAGAAACCUUCCAAGCGGGUCUUCUGCUACAACCCGUUGACGAACAUCUGGCGAGAGAUCUGCCCGCUGAAUCAAGCGAGGCCUCACUGUAAGCUGGUGGCCUUAGAUGGCUGCCUCUAUGCCAUUGGCGGGGAAUGCCUUUACACCGUUGAGCGCUAUGACCCGCGGAUGGAUCGCUGGACUUUUGCAGCCUCGUUGCCCAAUGACACCUUUGCGGUGGCCCACACCGCCACCGUGUGUGACGGGGAGAUCUACGUUACGGGGGGUACAUUGCGGUACAUGCUGCUGAAGUACAUCAGCCGGUCAGACACCUGGAAGGUCAGCCUUACUGGAGGGAGCAAGGACAGGACCACAGAGAUGGUGACCGCCAACGGUUUCAUCUACCGCUUUGACUUGAACCGCAGCAUGGGCAUCAGCGUCUACCGCUGCAGCGCCAAGGCUAAGCUUUGGUACGAAUGUGCCACCAACCCCAUGCCGUUCCCAGCUUGCUUUCAGUGUGCUGUCGUCGAUAACCUGGUGUACUGCAUCAGCCGGCAGUUCAAUAUCCGCUUCCUCACAGAUUAUGUCUCACCUCGGUUUGGGACCAAGGAAUUACAAAAUUUCCCUUCCCCAAGAGGGACCCUUUUCCCCGUGACGCUCGUGCUGCCUGACAGAGGGGCAGCUCAAACGAGGGUCUGACUGCAACAGCGGAAUCCGCUGGGGGGCUCUGAGGAGGCAAAGCCAGUUAAUUCCACGGGUUCCGUGCUGACGGUCUCCUCCUGCUAGCUGAUUUCCACGCAUCUGUCAAGGGAGAUGGAGCUACAAGCGGGUUGGCAGCGUCUGUUUAUUUUAAGAUACUUAAAUCCUUGUAAAUUUGCAUGCAAAUUAAACGCAGCCUUUGGGGUCUUGGACAGUCGCCAAUACAGGCCUCGUUAGUGCAAACUUAGGCAAACUCUG